AUGAAAGAGAAGGAAGAGGAUGAGAUCGAAGAGUGGGAAAUUGAGUAUUGGCCACAUAGAUUCUCCUACGAGGAAUUGAACAUGGCCACUGGGAAUUUCGGAAAAGAAAAGCUCCUAGGUUCAGGAGGGUUCGAAAGAGUGUAUAAAGGGACACUCUCAAACAAGACGGAAAUUGCGGUGAAAUACGUCAACCACGAUUCUAAACAAGGGUUAAGAGAAUUCAUGGCAGAGAUUUCUAGCAUGGGGAGGCUUCAGCACAAGAACUUGGUCCAACUGCGAGUUGGUGCAGAAAACGGAACGAAUGGACCCCUAUAUGAGUCCACUGCGUACACUGAGUGCAAAGAGCACCCUGAGAAGCCACUCUACGGAGGAGGAGUUUUCAAGAGUGAGUCUCUGUCUCGAGAUGGUUCGGAAGAUAGCAGCAUUGUCUCCGAUAUGCCCUCACUCGUUCUGAAUAAUCUCACUGACGGCACCAUCUACACUUUUUCCAUAUGGGUGAGAGUCGAAAGUUCAAGUUCAGCUAUGAUAAGGGCAAGCUUGCAAACGGAAAAAGAAAAAUAUGAGUGCAUUGGGACAGUUGCAGCCAAGCGUGGAUGCUGGUCAUUUCUGAAGGGUGGAUUUGUUCUCAAUUUGCCUUCAAAUUUAUCUAUAAUCUCCUUUGAGAACGGGGAUGGUAAAGAUAUCAAUAUAGAUAUAGCUAGCCCAUCACUGCAACCAUUUACCAAGCAGCAAUGGAGAACCAAUCAACAGUAUAUAAUUAAUACGCAAAGAAAGCGUGCCGUCACUGUUCAUGUGUCAGAUACUAAUGGAAGUAGAUUGCAAGGAGCAGCAAUCUGUAUAGAGCAAAUCUCAAAAGACUUCCCUAUUGGAUCUGCAAUAGCAAAGACCAUUCUUGGCAACUUGCCCUAUCAGAAUUGGUUUGUGAAGCGGUUCAAUGCUGCAGUCUUUGAGAAUGAGCUCAAGUGGUACGCCACAGAGCCUGAUCAAGGCAAGGUCAAUUACACCAUUUCGGAUCAGAUGAUGCAAUUUGUUAGAGCAAACAAAAUCAUAGCUAGAGGGCACAAUAUAUUCUGGGAAGACCCUAAAUAUACUCCGGCAUGGGUUCUUAACCUUACUGGCAUCCAGUUAAGAUCUGCUGUUAAUUCCCGAAUACAAAGUCUCAUGAGCCAAUACAAAGAAGAAUUCAUACAUUGGGAUGUUAGCAAUGAAAUGCUUCAUUUUGAUUUCUAUGAACAAAGGCUUGGACCUGAUGCCACAUUGCAUUUCUUUGAGACAGCACAUAAAUCAGACCCAUUAGCAACCCUGUUCAUGAAUGAUUUUAAUGUUGUGGAAACAUGCAGUGAUGUAAAUUCCACUGUUGACGCCUACAUCUCACGGAUAAGAGAACUACAACAAAAUGGUGUCUUUAUGGAUGGAAUUGGCUUGGAGGGUCACUUCACAAUACCAAAUCCUCCCCUUAUCAGAGCUAUCCUAGACAAGUUGGCAACACUUGGCCUUCCCAUUUGGCUUACUGAAGUUGACAUAAGCAAAACACUUGAUAAAGAAACUCAGGCAAUUUAUUUGGAAGAAGUGUUGAGGGAAAGCUUCUCACAUCCUUCGGUGAAUGGAAUAAUGCUUUGGACCGCAUUCCAUCCAAAAGGGUGCUACCAAAUGUGCCUCACAGACAAUGAUUUCAAGAACCUCCCAUCAGGUGAUGUGGUGGACAAACUUCUUGAGGAGUGGCAAACUGGUCGUGUAGAGGGAGUGACUGAUAAUCACGGUUCUUAUAGCUUUUAUGGGUUCUUAGGAGAAUACAGAAUUAAUGCCAAGUACGGCAACAGGACUACAAAUUCAACCUUCUCUCUCUGUCGGGGUGAAGAAACUAGACAUUUCACUAUUACACUCUGA